UUGGUCGAGUCAGCUGAUUUUUGGAAGGUUAUUUCAAGAUUGGUUCUAGCCAAAGAAAAAGAUUUGAUAUCCAAAUCUUUUAGACCGGUAUUAAGUAACACAAUUUACUAAGUUAAUAACGAAAAGUGGUGUUUGAAAGCAUAAACAGACAAUGUCAUCAUUACGUGUGGCAUUAAAUCGACGAUUCGUCACAGGUGUUGUGUCAAGGCCCUCUGUUGGCUAUGUGUUGCCUGUAUGGCGAUCAAUAGGAUCACAAGUUAGACGAUACGCCUCGCAGGUUACUCCGAAACGGAAUGGUACAAGUACUUUUAAGCUGGCGCUUAUUGGGGCUGGACUUGGUGCCGCAUCUGGUACCGUGUAUUCAAUUUAUGGUAAUUGGAAGGAUAAAAGUUCUCACAUGGAGCAUCAACGUAUACCGCCGAAAAUUCUGAAAGAAUUACCCGAUGUUAGGAUAACAAAGCGCUUUGUUAAUCCUAAUGAUAACUCUGAUUUGAACAUAAUACUUUUUCAAUACCAAACAUGUCCUUUCUGUUGUAAAGUGCGUGCCUUUCUGGAUUACAUGGGUAUAUCGUACUCUGUUGUUGAGGUGGAUGCAGUACUUCGGCAAGAUAUAAAAUGGUCGGAGCAGAAAAAAGUACCUAUGAUUUUGGUACAACAAGGAGAUGGACGAUAUAUACAAAUGACAGACUCAAGCGCCAUCAUCUCGCUUCUCGCAUCAUAUUUAAAUGAUAAACAAACUGACGUAGGUGAUUUGGCUAAAUUUUACCCAAUGAUAUCGUUUUUCGAUGACAAUGAUAAGAAACGCCUUGACAUACUGAACAAAUACUUCUUAAUGUAUCAAGAUAAAACACCAAAGCAUAUAACCAGAGAUACUCAAGAAGAUGAGCGAAAGUGGCGUACAUGGGCAGACUCACAUCUAGUACAUCUCAUUUCACCCAAUUGCUACCGGACUUUGAACGAAGCACGUGAAACGUUCGAGUGGUUUUCGAAAGCAGGCGAGUGGGAUAUUUACUUCCCCAAAUGGGAACGCGAUCUAAUGGUAAAUGUUGGUGCAUUCGCUAUGUGGGGUAUAAGCAAGAUGUUGAAACGUCGACAUGGUCUAUCGGAUGAUGUUCGAUCACACAUAUAUGAAGCGCUUAAUAAGUGGACUAAAGAAUUGGAAAAGAGGAAACAAAAGUUCAUGGGCGGCGAUCGGCCAAAUUUAGCUGAUCUAUCAGUUUUUGGUGUACUCAAUAGUAUGGAAGGAUGUGAGGCGUUUGGUGAUUGCAUGAAAAAUACAAAAAUAGGAGAAUGGUACAAUGGUGUAAAGAAAUUGGUGGACAAAAAUCGAGGCAACUUAGUAAGGCGAGCGGAAUUGAUGCCUCUAGCUGCAUAAUUUAAAAUAAGAUUCAAGAAACAAAAAUUGUUAUUUAUAUGUAUAUAAAAUUCAAAACUUUUCAA